CCUAGGCAGGUGUCCCAUCUCGACAAGCUGCAGUCAAAUCAUCCUGGCUUUGAGAAUUUUGUGCAAGUGAGGACUCUACUCCCACUGGGCUGGAGCCCUGGGGCCAUGGCUGCAUAUUCUUUCCCUUCAUUGGUGGGACAUUUGGAAAGAAGGCUGACAAAAAUGGUAGUGACCCUUCUCCUCCUAGCCAGUUUUGGGGGUGUGGUUUGGAGUUCAGAUCCUGUAGAUACGGCUGAAAUCAGACUAGUGAACGGUUCAAGUCGCUGCAGCGGAAGAGUGGAAGUGUUCCAUAAUGGAAUGUGGGGCACUGUUUGUGAUGAUGACUGGGGAAUGGAGGAAGCUGUAGUUGUUUGUCGGCAACUGGGAUGUCCAAUUGCAGUAUCAGCCCCACAUAGAGCCCUUUUUGGAAGAGGAACAGACUCAAUCUGGCUAGAUGAGGUUAAAUGCAAAGGAAUAGAAUCAGCACUCAGUCAGUGCCCAGCAAAUCCUUGGGGAGAACAUAACUGCAACCACGGAGAAGAUGCUGGUGUCAUAUGCUCAGAGGUAAGGCUGGUGAAUGGUCCAACUCCCUGCGCUGGCCGGGUCGAGGUGCUCCGUAACCAGGAAUGGGGAACAGUGUGUGAAAAUGGCUGGGACAUGAAUGAAGCCCGUGUUGUGUGCCAGGAAGUGGGCUGUGGAAAAGCUCUAGCAGCACCAAGUGGAGCCAAGUUUGGACAAGGAUCUGGUUCCAUUUGGAUGGACGAGGUCAACUGCACAGGAGCCGAAGACAGUCUAAGCAAAUGCCCAGCAAACCCCUUGGCAGAACACAGCUGUGACCACAACAAAGAUGCAAGUGUAGAGUGUGCAGAACAAACUCAGGUGAGAUUAGUGAAUGGCCUCAAUCAGUGUUCUGGGCGAGUGGAAUUUCUUCGUGACAGGCUUUGGGGGACUGUAUGUGAUGACGACUGGGACCUGGAAGACGCCAAAGUUGUGUGUCGUUACCUGGGAUGUGGAGCUGCUGUAUCAGCUCCACGAGGUGCUCACUUUGGAGCUGGAUCUGGCCCUAUCUGGCUAGCUGGUGUUAACUGCGCAGGGACAGAGAAAUCUAUCACCAAGUGCCAUGCAAAAUACCAAGAGAAGAAUAAUUGUUCCCACACUAAAGAUGCUGGUGUUGUAUGCAGAGAGGUCCGUCUAACAAAUGGCCCAAAUCGCUGCUCUGGGACAGUCGAAGUGUAUCACAACGAGCAGUGGGGGACCAUUUGCGAUGGUGGAUGGGAUCUACAAGAUGCCCAAGUGGUGUGUCGAGAGCUGAACUGUGGAGAGGCCUCCUCAGCAUUAGGUGGAGCAUACUAUGGCCGUGGAUCUGGAGCCAUCUUGCUGGACACAGUUAACUGCACAGGAAAUGAAACAGCGCUCAGAGAAUGCCCCAAAAGUCCUCGGGGAGCACAUGAAUGUGACCACACAAGGGAUGCAAGCGUGGAGUGCUUAAAUAUGGUCAAAUUGAUGAAUGGUCCAAAUGAAUGCUCUGGCAGAGUUGAGGUAUUCCACAACCAGAAAUGGGGGACUGUGUGUGAUGAUGACUGGGAUAUUCACGAUGCCAAUGUUGUGUGCAAUGAACUUGAUUGUGGAGUAGCCCUGGCAGCCCCACAAAGAGCUCCGUUUGGAAAGGGAACUGAUCCCAUCCAGCUGGUUGAUGUUGAAUGUAAAGGGACAGAAACUACCCUGAUGGACUGCCGCCUAAAGCCUUGGAGCCACCUAAAGCCUGGGGAAAUACAAUUCUGUGAUCACAGAGAUGAUGUCAGUGUGGUAUGCUCAGCCCUCAGACUGGUGAAUGGCUCAACUAACUGCUCUGGGAGAGUGGAGAUGUUCCACAAUCAUCAAUGGGGGACCAUAUGCGAUGACUCUUGGAGCAUGAGAGAAGCUGAAGCUGUCUGCAGAAAUGUAGGCUGUGGUGCUGCUUUAAAAAUCCAUAAAAAGGCCUGGUUUGGACAGGGAUCAGGACCCAUCUUGGGUCCUGAUAGCUGUCACCACGGAGAUGAUGUUGGUCUGGAGUGUGCAGAACCACUUGAGAUCAGGUUAGUCAAUGGCACUGUUAACUGCUCUGGAAGAAUAGAGGUAUACUAUAAGACACUUUGGGGAACUAUAUGCGAUGAUAAUUGGGACCUUGAAGAUGCCAGUGUCGUGUGUCAUUAUCUUGGGUGUGGAACUUCUAGAUCAGCCCCACGAGGUUCUCAUUUUGGAGCAGGACUUGGCCUCAUCUGGCUAGAUGAAGUUAGCUGCACAGGGACAGAAAAUGCCAUCAGCGAAUGCCCUGCAAGUCAAUGGGGGAAGCAUGACUGUUCCCACAGUAAAGAUGCCGGAGUUAUAUGCACAGAGAUCCGUCUAACACAUGGCUUAAAUCAUUGCUCAGGGAGAGUUGAAGUAUAUCACAACAAGCAGUGGGGGACCAUUUGUGAUAAUGGCUGGGAUUUACAGGAUGCCCAAGUUGUGUGCCGAGAGCUAAACUGUGGAGAUGUCUCAUCAGCAUUAGUCAAAGCACACUAUGGCCCUGGACCUGGUAAUAUCUGGCUGGACAGAGUUAACUGCACUGGAAAUGAGACAGCACUCAGAGAAUGUCCCAAAAGUCCUUGGGGCGAGCAUAGCUGUGACCAUGGAGGUGUUGUGAGCAUAGUGUGCUCAGACCUAAAGGAGAUCAGAUUGGUGAAUGGUUCAAACAUAUGCUCCGGAAGAGUUGAAGUGCUCCACAAUGACCAGUGGGGAACUGUGUGUGAUGAUGACUGGGAUAUCAACAGUGCCCAAGUAGUGUGCCGAGAACUUGGCUGUGGAAGAGCAAUAUCAGCCCCACAUGGAGCACACUUUGGAGAAGGAAAAGAUCCCAUCUGGUUGGAUGGUGUGGAAUGUAAAGGGACAGAAGCUGCCCUCAGGGACUGCCGGCUAAAGCCUUGGGGAGAACAUAAUUGCCAUCAUGGAGAAGAUGCUGGUGUGGUGUGCUCAGUCCUCAGAUUAGUGAAUGGUUCAAGUCACUGCUCUGGGAGAGUGGAGAUAUUACACAAUAAGCAAUGGGCAACCAUAUGCGAUGACCACUGGGGUAUGAAAGAAGCUGAAGUUGUCUGCAGAGAAAUAGGCUGUGGUGCUGCUUUAAAAGCCCAUACCAAAGCCUGGUUCGGACAUGGAUCAGGGCCCAUCUGGGCAAGUGACAUCAACUGUGUUGGAACUGAAACUUCCUUCAGUGAAUGCACAUCAUCGAGCUCUUUGGGUCUUAGUAACUGUCACCAUGGAGAUGUUGGUGUGGAGUGUGCAGAACUACCUGAAAUAAGAUUAGUGAGUGGCCACAGUCGCUGCUCUGGAAGAGUUGAGAUAUACCAUGAAACACUUUGGGGAACCGUGUGUGAUGACGAUUGGGACCUGGAAGAUGCCAAAGUUGUUUGUCGUUAUCUUGGCUGUGGAACUGCUUUAUCAGCCCCACGAAAUUCUCAUUUUGGAGGCGGAUCUGGUCCCAUAUGGCUGGAUGAUGUUAACUGCACAGGGACAGAAAAUGCCAUAAGACAUUGCCCUGCAAAGUGGUGGGGGAAGCAUGACUGUUCCCACCGUGAAGAUGCUGGUGUAGUAUGUGGAGAGAUCCGUCUAAUAAAUGGCUCAAAUCACUGCUCUGGGAGAGUCGAAGUGUAUCACAAUGACCAAUGGGGGACCAUUUGUGAUGAUGGAUGGGAUCUACAAGAUGCCCAAGUGGUUUGCCGAGAGCUAAACUGUGGAGAUGCCACAUCAGCAUUAGGCGGAGCUCACUAUGGCCAAGGAUCUGGUACCGUUUGGUUGGACAGAGUUAACUGCAUUGGAAAUGAGACAGCACUCAGAGAAUGUCCCAAAAGUUCUUGGGGUGAGCAUAGCUGUGACCAUGGAAGAGAUGCGAGUGUGAUGUGCUCAGACCCGAGAGAGAUCAGAUUGGUGAACGGUUCCAACAGGUGCUCUGGGAGAGUUGAGGUGCUCCACAAUGACCAGUGGGGGACCGUGUGUGAUGAUGACUGGAAUAUGAAGAAUGCGCAAGUCGUGUGCAGAGAACUUGGCUGUGGAAAAGCAGUAUCAGCCCCACAUGGAGCUCACUUUGGAGAUGGGAGUGGUCGCAUUUGGCUGGAUGAUGUCAAAUGUAAAGGGAGCGAAGUUUCCCUCAAGGACUGCUGGUUAAAAUCUUGGGGAAAACAUAACUGCAACCAUGAAGAAGAUGCUGGUGUGGUGUGCUCAGGUAAUGUGGAGGCAGCUCCUAUCAGGUUAGUGAAUGGUUCAAGUCACUGCAGUGGGAGAGUGGAAGUGCUCCAUGGUGGAAUGUGGGGUACUGUUUGUGAUGAUGCCUGGGAAAUGGAGGAUGCCAGAGUCGUGUGUCAGCAACUGGGCUGUCCAUUUGCAAUAUCGGCCCGACACAGUGCACAUUUUGGAAGAGGAACUGGCCCAAUCUGGCUGGAUGAAGUCAAGUGCAAAGGUUCAGAAUCAGCACUCAGUCACUGCUCAGCAAAUCCUUGGGGAGUACAUAACUGCAACCAUGGAGAAGAUGCUGGUGUCAUAUGCUUAGAGGUAAGGCUGGUGAAUGGUCCAACUCCCUGCGCUGGCCGGGUCGAGGUGCUCCGUAACCAGGAAUGGGGAACAGUGUGUGAAAAUGGCUGGGACAUGAACGAAGCCCAUGUUGUGUGCCAGGAAGUGGGCUGUGGAAAAGCUUUAGCAGCACCAGGUGGGGCUAAGUUUGGACAAGGAUCUGGUUCCAUUUGGAUGGACGAGGUCAACUGCACGGGAUCCGAAGACAAUCUAAGCGAAUGCACAGCAACCCCCUUGGCAGAAGACAGCUGUGGCCACAGCAAAGAUGCAAGUGUGGAAUGUGCAGAAAUACCUGAGAUCAUAUUAGUCAAUGGCCGCAGUCGCUGUUCUGGGAGAGUUGAGAUACUCCAUGAGAAACAAUGGGGAACUGUAUGUGAUGAUGAUUGGGACCUUGAAGACGCCAAGGUUGUGUGCCGUUACCUUGAGUGUGGAAGCGCUUUAUCAGCCCCACAAGGCUCUCAUUUUGGAGAAGGAUAUGGUCCCAUUUGGCUAGAUGGUGUUAACUGUACAGGGACGGAGAACGCUAUUAGCAAAUGCCGUGCAAAAGUAUGGGGGGACAAUAGCUGUUCCCACAACGAAGAUGCUGGUGUUGUAUGCGGAGAGGUCCGUCUAAUGAAUGGCUCGAAUCGCUGCUCUGGGAGAGUUGAAGUGUAUCAGAAUGAGCAGUGGGGGACUGUCUGUGAUGAAGGAUGGGAUCUCCUGGAUUCUGAAGUUGUCUGCCGAGAACUGGAGUGUGGAAAGGCCUUAUCAGCACUGGGUGGAGCAAACUAUGGCCAAGGAUCUGGUACCGUCUGGCCGAACAGAGUUAACUGCAGAGGAAAUGAAACAGCCCUCCGAGAAUGCCCCAAAAGUCCCUGGAGAGAUCUCAACUGUGAUCACACAAGAGAUGCAAGUGUGGAAUGCUCAAGUCAGAUCAGAUUGGUGAAUGGUUCAGAUCGUUGUUCUGGAAGAGUGGAGGUGUUCCAUAAUGGGCAGUGGGGGACCGUGUGUGAUGAUGGUUGGGAUAUGAACGAUGCCCAAGUUGUGUGCUGGGAACUUGAUUGUGGAGUAGCCCUGGAAGCCCCAUAUGGAGCUUACUUUGGAAGGGGAAGUGAUCGCAUCUGGCUGGGUGAUGUCAACUGUAAAGGGACAGAAACUGCUCUCAAAGACUGCCAGCUAAAAGGAUGGGGAAAACAUAACUGCCAACAUAGAGAAGAUGCUGGUGUGAUUUGCUCAGUCCUCAGACUGGUGGAUGGCUCCACUAACUGCUCUGGGAGAGUGGAGAUAUUCCACAAUCAUCAGUGGGGGACCUUAUGCGAUGACCAUUGGGACAUGAAAAAAGCUGAAGCUGUCUGUGGAAAAAUAGGCUGUGGUGCUGCUUUAAAAAAACAUUCAAACGCCUGGUUUGGACAGGGAUCAGGACCCAUCUGGAAAGAUGAUGUCAACUGUGUUGGAACAGAAACCUCCCUCAGUGAAUGCAUAGUGGGCCCUUGGAGUUCCAGUAACUGUCACCAUGGAGAAGAUGUUGGAGUGGAGUGUGCAGAAAUCAGGUUAGUGAAUGGCCCCAAUCGCUGUUCUGGAAGAGUUGAGAUACUCCAUGAGAAACGAUGGGGAACUAUCUGUGAUGAUAACUGGGACCUUGAAGAUGCCAACGUUGUGUGCCGCCAUCUUGGCUGUGGAACUGCUUUAUUAGCCCUACACAGUGCUCGUUUUGGAAAUGGAUCAGGUCCUAUAUGGCUAGAUAACAUUAACUGCAAAGGGUCAGAAAACAGCAUAAGCCAUUGCCCUGCAAGGGGGUGGGGAGAGCAUGACUGUUCCCACUAUGAAGAUGCUGGUAUAGAAUGUAGAGCUAUCCAGCUCAUGAAUGGCUCAGAUCGCUGUUCGGGGAGGGUCGAAGUGUAUCACAACGAGCAGUGGGGAACCGUUUGUGAUGAUGGCUGGGAUAUACAAGAUGCCCAAGUCGUGUGCCGAGAACUGAAGUGUGGAGAUGCCUUAUCAGCAUUCGGUGGAGCACACUAUGGCCCAGGAUCGGGAACCAUCUGGCUGGACAGAGUUGACUGCACAGGAAAUGAAACAGCCCUUGGGGAAUGCCUAAAAAGUCCCUGGGGAGAGCACACUUGUGACCACAGGAGGGACGCAAGUGUAGAGUGCUCAGACCCAAGGGAGAUCAGAUUGGUGAAUGGUUCGAACACGUGCUCUGGAAGAGUUGAAGUGCUCCACAAUGACCAGUGGGGGACUGUGUGUGAUAAAAACUGGAAUAUCAACAGUGCCCAAGUUGUAUGCAGAGAAUUUGGCUGUGGAAAAGCAGUAUCAGCCCCCAAAGGAGCUCAUUUUGGAAGAGGAAGUGGGCGCAUCUGGCUGGACAAUGUGAAAUGUGAUGGGACAGAAUCUGCCCUGAAGGACUGCCAGAAAAACCCUUCGAGAUAUCCUAACUGUCAACACCAAGAAGAUGCUGGUGUGGUGUGUUCAGCUAUUCGGCUAAUAAAUGGCUCUAAUGACUGCUCAGGAAGGGUCGAACUGUAUCACAAUGAGAAGUGGGGAACCAUUUGUGAUGAUGGCUGGGAUAUACACGAUGCCCAAGUUGUGUGCCGAGAACUGAAGUGUGGAGAUGCCUUAUUAGCAUUCAGUGGAGCACACUAUGGCCCAGGAUCAGGAAUCAUCUGGCUGGACAGAGUUGACUGCACAGGAAAUGAAACAGCCCUUGGGGAAUGCCUAAAAAGUCCCUGGGGAGAGCAUACUUGUGACCACAGAAGGGAUGCAAGUGUAGAGUGCUCAGAUGCAAGAGGAAUCAGAUUGGUGAACGGUUUAAGUGAGUGCUCUGGGAGAGUUGAGGUGAACCACAAUUAUGAAUGGGGGACUGUGUGUGAUGAUGGCUGGGAUAUGAAUAGUGCCCAAGUCGUGUGCAGAGAACUUGGCUGUGGAAAAGCAGUAUCAGCACCAUCAGGAGCUCAUUUUGGAAGAGGAAGUGGACCCAUUUGGUUGGACAAUAUCAAAUGCGAUGGAACAGAAUCUUCCCUCAAGGACUGCCAGAAAAACCCUUGGGGAGACCAUAAUUGUGAACACCAAGAAGAUGCUGGUGUGCUGUGCUCAACUAUCCGGCUAAUAAAUGGCUCUAAUGACUGCUCAGGAAGGGUGGAAGUGUAUCACAACGAGCAGUGGGGAACCAUUUGUGAUAAUGGCUGGGAUAUACAAGAUGCCCAAGUUGUGUGCCGAGAACUGAAGUGUGGAGAUGCCUUAGCAGCAUUCGGUGGAGCAAACUAUGGCCAAGGGUCAGGAACCAUCUGGCUGGACAGAAUUGACUGCAAAGGAAAUGAAAUGGCACUUGGAAAAUGCCCCAAAAGUCGUUGGGGAGAGCAUAGUUGUGACCACAGGAGGGAUGCAAGUGUGGAGUGCUCAGGCCCAAGAGAGAUAAGAUUGGUGAAUGGUGCAAACAGAUGCUCUGGGAGAGUUGAAGUGCUCCACAAUGACCAGUGGGGGACUGUGUGUGAUGAUGACUGGAAUAUGAACAAUGCUCAAGUUGUGUGCAGAGAACUUGGCUGUGGAGGAGCAAUAUCAGCCCCAGGAGGAGCUUACUUCGGAGAGGGGAGUGGUCGCAUUUGGCUAGAUGAUGUCAGAUGCAAUGGGACAGAAUCUGCUCUCAAACACUGCUGGAAAAAGCCUUGGGGAGAACAGAACUGUAAACAUGAAGAAGAUGCUGGUGUGGUGUGCUCAGCUAUCCGACUAAUAAAUGGCUCCAACAACUGCUCAGGAAGGGUGGAAGUGUAUCACAACAAGCAGUGGGGAACUGUUUGUGAUGAUGGCUGGGAUAUACAAGAUGCCCAAGUUGUGUGUCAAGAGCUGAUGUGUGGAGAUGCCUUAUCAGCAUUCGGUGGAGCACACUAUGGCCCAGGAUCAGGAACCAUCUGGCUGGACAGAGUUAACUGCACAGGAAAUGAAAUGGCCCUCAGAGAAUGCCCAAAAGGUCCCUGGGGAGAGCAUACUUGUGACCACAGGAGGGAUGCGAGUGUGGCGUGCUCAGACCCAAAGGAAAUCAGAUUGGUGAAUGGUUCCCACAGGUGCUCUGGGAGAGUUGAGGUGCUCUACAAUGACCAAUGGGGGACUGUGUGUGAUAAUAACUGGAAUAUUAACAGUGCCCGAGUUGUGUGCAGAGAACUUGGCUGUGGAAACGCAGUAUCAGCUCCACGUGGUGGUAACUUUGGAGGAGGAAGUGGGCGCAUCUGGCUGGACAAUUUCCAAUGUGAUGGGACAGAAUCUUCCCUCAAGGACUGUCGGAAAAACCCUUCAGGAGAACAUAACUGUCAACACCAAAAUGAUGCUGGUGUUGUGUGCUCAGAUCUCCGGCUAAUGAAUGGCUCAAAUCGCUGCUCGGGGAGGGUCGAAGUGUAUCACAAUGAGCAGUGGGGAACUGUUUGUGAUGAUGGCUGGGAUAUACAAGAUGCCCAAGUCGUGUGCCGAGAACUGAAGUGUGGAGAUGCCUUAUCAGCAUUCGGUGGAGCACACUAUGGCCCAGGAUCGGGAACCAUCUGGCUGGACAGAGUUGACUGCACAGGAAAUGAAACAGCCCUUGGGGAAUGCCUAAAAAGUCCCUGGGGAGAGCACACUUGUGACCACAGGAGGGACGCAAGUGUAGAGUGCUCAGAACCAAGAGGAAUCAGAUUGGUGGACGGUUUAAGUGAGUGCUCUGGGAGAGUUGAAGUGAACCACAAUUACGAGUGGGGGACUGUGUGUGAUGAUGGCUGGGAUAUGAACAGUGCCCAAGUUGUGUGCAGAGAACUUGGCUGUGGAAAAGCAGUAUCAGCACCACUGGGAGCUCACUUUGGAAGAGGAAGGGGACCCAUCUGGUUGGACAAUGUCAAAUGCGAUGGAACAGAAUCUUCCCUCAAGGACUGCCGGAAAAACCCUUGGGGAGACCAUAACUGUCAACACCAAGAUGAUGCUGGUGUGGUGUGCUCAGCUAUCCGGCUAAUAAAUGGCUCUAAUGACUGCUCAGGAAGGGUUGAAGUGUAUCACAACGAGCAGUGGGGAACCAUUUGUGAUAAUGGCUGGGAUAUACAAGAUGCCCAAGUUGUGUGUCAAGAGCUGAUGUGUGGAGAUGCCUUAUCAGCAAUCAGUGGAGCACACUAUGGCCCAGGAUCGGGAAUCAUCUGGCUGGACCGAGUUAACUGUAGAGGAAAUGAAACAGCCCUCAGAGAAUGCCCCAAAAGUCCCUGGGGAAACCAUACUUGUGACGACAGGAGGAAAGCAAUUGUGGAGUGCUUAGGCCCAAGAGAGAUCCGAUUGGUGAAUGGUGCAAACAGAUGCUCCGGGAGAGUUGAGGUGCUCCACGAGGACCAGUGGGGGACUGUGUGUGAUGAUGACUGGAAUAUGAAGAAUGCCCGAGUUGUGUGCAGAGAACUUGGCUGUGGAGGAGCAAUAUCAGCCCCAGGAGGAGCUUACUUCGGAGAGGGGAGUGGUCGCAUUUGGCUAGAUGAUGUCAGAUGCAAUGGGACAGAAUCUGCUCUCAAACACUGCUGGAAAAAGCCUUGGGGAAACCAUAACUGUCAACAUGGAGAAGAUGCUGGUGUGGUGUGCUCAGCUAUCCAACUAAUAAAUGGCUCCAAGAACUGCUCAGGAAGGGUGGAAGUGUAUCACAACGAGCAGUGGGGAACCAUUUGUGAUGAUGGCUGGGAUAUAAAAGAUGCCCAAGUUGUGUGUCAAGAGCUGAUGUGCGGAGAUGCUUUAUCAGCAUUUGGUGGAGCACACUAUGGCCCAGGAUCAGGAACCAUCUGGCUGGACAGAGUUGACUGCACAGGAAAUGAAACGGCCCUCAGAGAAUGCCCAAAAAGUCCCUGGGGAGAGCAUACUUGUGACCACAGGAGGGAUGCGAGUGUGGUGUGCUCAGAACCAAAGGAAAUCCGAUUGGUGAAUGGUUCCAACAGGUGCUCUGGGAGAGUUGAGGUGUUCUACAAUGACCAGUGGGGGACUGUGUGUGAUAAUAACUGGAAUAUCAACAGUGCCCGAGUUGUGUGCAAAGAACUUGGCUGUGGAAAUGCAGUAUCAGCUCCACGUGGAGGUAACUUUGGGGGAGGAAGUGGGCGCAUCUGGCUGGACAAUUUCCAAUGUGAUGGGACAGAAUCUUCCCUCAAGGACUGUCGGAAAAAACCUUCCAGAGAACGUAACUGUCAACACCAAAAAGAUGCUGGUGUUGUGUGCUCAGAUCUCCGGCUAAUGAAUGGCUCAAAUCGCUGCUUGGGGAGGGUCGAAGUGUAUCACAAUGAGCAGUGGGGAACUGUUUGUGAUGAUGGCUGGGAUAUACAAGAUGCCCAAGUCGUGUGCCGAGAACUGAAGUGUGGAGAUGCCUUAUCAGCAUUCGGUGGAGCACACUAUGGCCCAGGAUCGGGAACCAUCUGGCUGGACAGAGUUGACUGCACAGGAAAUGAAACAGCCCUUGGGGAAUGCCUAAAAAGUCCCUGGGGAGAGCACACUUGUGACCACAGGAGGGACGCAAGUGUAGAGUGCUCAGGCCCAAGAGAGAUCCGAUUGGUGAACGGUGGAAACAGAUGCUCUGGGAGAGUUGAGGUGCUCCACAAUGACCAGUGGGGGACUGUGUGUGAUGAUAACUGGAAUAUCAACAGUGCCCAAGUCGUGUGCAGAGAACUUGGCUGUGGAAAAGCAAUAUCAGCCCCAACAGGAGCUCACUUUGGAGAAGGGAGUGGUCACAUUUGGCUGGAUAAUGUCAGAUGCAAUGGGACAGAAUCUGCCCUCAAGGACUGCUGGAAAAACCCUUGGGGAGACCGUAACUGUCAACAUCAAGAAGAUGCUGGUGUGGUGUGCUCAGUUAUCCGGCUAAUGAAUGGCUCCAACGACUGCUCGGGAAGGGUCGAAGUGUAUCACAACGAGCAGUGGGGAACUAUUUGUGAUGAUGGCUGGGAUAUACAAGAUGCCCAAGUGGUGUGCCGAGAGCUGAUGUGUGGAGAUGCCUUAUCAGCAUUCAGUGGAGCACACUAUGGCCCAGGAUCGGGAACCAUCUGGCUGGACAGAGUUGACUGCACAGGAAAUGAAACAGCCCUUGGGGAAUGCCCAAAAAGCCCCUGGGGAGAGCACACGUGACCACAGGAGGGAUGCAAGUGUGGAGUGCUCAGACCCGAGAGAGAUCCGAUUGGUGAAUGGUUCCAACAGGUGCUCCGGUAGAGUUGAGGUGCUCCACGAGGACCAGUGGGGGACUGUGU